AGUUUCCCCCUUUGUCUCUCCUUCCCUGCCUCAUUCCCUUUUCUCCUUCCCAAAGGCAACCACUGUUCAGAGGAUCCGCCGGUUUGUUGCAUUAGCAUCUGGGAUAAAUGAAUGACUGGAGCUCCGUGAGGUAUGUAUUACUGGCAGCCUUUUCCAGAUGAGGAAGAAGAGGCCUAGAAGCAUGAAGUAGCUCGCCCAGGUGACCCAGUGAGACUUCUGGUUAAAUGUGGCAGGUUGAAUGCACUAGUUUACCACUACUCCUUCCUGAAAUUCUGCUAAAACAUCACAUUCAAGAGAUUUUUUUAAUGACUGUAGAACAACCGCAAUAAGAAGAGGACAGUAAACAAUAGCAAUAAAAUCUGCAGAGCUGAAACGAGAUGGACAUGUGUCAGUUUAACAGACCAGAGAAUGGUAUGUUGUAGCAGACAGUGAAAGAAGCUUGAAGUAUGAAGAAUCCUCUGAAAAUGGUACAGAUGGGGCUAACUAUAGGAUUUGUCGAAAAUUUGCACAGAUCCUCUUUCAUCCUAGCAGAAGACUAGACAUUGGUUCCCUGGAGCUGCUGGCUUUGGGCAGUUGCACAGCUGAGGAGAGGGCACUACGCUACACUGGGGAUUGAGCUAUAAUCUAUAUGCUGAAUGAUGAGACCAGCGGCCCCUCCACCACCCUGCUCCAAGAGCACUGGCAGCCAGGUUGAUACCUUCCAGGCAGGAGGCUGUAGGAUUCCUUUCUGGGGAAGAUGACCGGCUCAGGACAUAGAACUUAAAGAUGCUGAGGGUUAAGAGUCCCCACUGGAAGUGCCCCAUCAAAACAACAGGAGCUUGGGAAGAGACAGGCAGUCUAGCUAGCAGAAGGAAACAACCCUUGGGCAACAACAUCAAGGUCCUGUGAUCAGUUGAUCACCAGAGAAUACAUACUCAAGCACAGGAGUUUGUAAUAAGGGAAUAUUCAGAAAACAGAAAUAAUCCUUGGACUUCAAAGUUUAAGAGCAGAAAGAAAAAGAGAAGAUGAAGUUAAGGAAAUCACCCAGAAAGUAGAACAAUAACAACAUACAAGAGAUGGAAAAUAGACAUAAUAAAAUGAUAGGAUCCUUCCAGACAGUCUAACAUCUGAAUAAUAGGAAUUCCGUAGAGAUGGAGCAGAGAUUAUAGAGGGGAGAAAAGUGUCAAAGACAUAAUUUGAGAAAUUUCCCCAUAUCUGAAAGACACAAAUGUACAGACAGAAAAGGUCCACGGAGCACCAAGCACAAUGCAUGAAUAUAGAUCCACACGAGGCAUGUAAUGGUGAAAUUUCAGACCACUAGGGGCAAAGAGGAGACCCUAUAAUCUUCCGGGGGGGGAAGGGGAUAUUAGGAAUGAGAAUAGUGUCGGACUUCUUAAGAAAAACAAAAUAUAAACUAGAAAAUCUGGACUAAUGCCUUCGAAAUUCAGAGAGAGAAUUACUUCUCCAUACCUAGAAUUCUGUACAUAUCCAAAACACCAAGACAACUUCAGAAAUGCCAGAUCCUCAGAGGGCAGACAGCAGAAGUAGGAAGAACUACAAUCCUGCAGCCUGUGGAACAAAAACCACAUUCACAGAAAGGUAGACAAGAUGAAAAGGCAGAGGGCUAUGUACCAGAUGAAGGAACAAGAUAAAACCCCAGAGAAACAACUAAAUGAAGUGGAGAUAGGCAACCGUCCAGACUAAGAAUUCAGAAUAAUGAUAGUGAACAUGAUCCAGCACCUCGGAAAAAGAAUGGAGGCAAAGAUCAAGAAGAUGCAAGAAGUGUUUAACAAAGACCUAGAAGAAUUAAAGAACAAACAAACAGAGGUGAACAAUACAAUAACUGAAAUGAAAACUACACUAGAAGGAAUCAAUAGCAGAAUAACUGAGGCAGAAGAACGGAUAAGUGACCUGGAAGACAGAGUGGUGGAACUCACUGUCAUGGAACAGAAUAAAGAUAAAAGAAGGAAAAGAAAUGAAGACAGCCUAAGACACCUCUGGGACAACAUUGAACGCAACAACGUUCACAUUAUAGGGGCCCCAGAAGGAGAAGAGAGAGAGAGAGGACCCAAGAAAAUAUUUGUAGAGAUUAUAGUCGAAAACUUCUCAAACAUGGGAAAGGAAAUAGCCACCCAAGUCCAGGAAGUGGAGAGAGUCCCAGGCAGGAUAAACCCAAGGAGGAACACGCUGAGACACAUAGUAAUCAAAUUGACAAAAAUUAAAGACAAAGAAAAAUUAUUGAAAGCAACAAGGGAAAAAACGACAAAUAACAUACAAGGGAACUCCCAUAAGGUUAACAGCUGAUUUCUCAGCAGAAACUCUACAAGCCAGAAGGGAGUGGCCUGUUGUAUUUAAAGUGAUGAAGAACCUACAACCAAGAUUACUCUACCCAGCAAGGAUCUCAUUCAGACUUGAUGAAGAAAUCAAAAGCUUUAGAACUUCUCUAAGUGGGGAACACAAGAGAAGAAAAGGACCUACAAAAACAAACCCAUAACAAUUAAGAAAAUGGUAAUAGGAGCAUACAUAUCGAUAAUUUCCUUAAACGUGAAUGGAUUCAAUGCUCCAACCAAAAGACACAGGCUCGCUGAAUGGAUACAAAAACAAGACCCAUCUAUAUGCUGUCUACAAGAGACCUACUUCAGACCUAGGGACACAAACAGACUGAAAGUGAGGGGAUGGAAAAAGAUAUUCCAUGCAAAUGGAAAUCAAAAGAAAGCUGGAGUAGCAAUACUCAUAUCAGACAAAAUAGCCUUUAAAAUAAAGAAUGUUACAAGAGACAAGGAAGUAUGCUACAUAAUGAUCAAGGGAUCAAUCCAAGAAGAAGAUAUAACAGUUAUAUAUGUACCCACCAUAGGAGCACCUUAAUACGUAAGGCAAAUGCUAACAGCCAUAAAAGAGGAAAUCGACAGUAACACAAUAAUGGGGACUUCAACACCUCAAUUAUGCCUAUGGACAGAUCAUCCAAACAGAAAAUUAAUAAGGAAACACAAGCUUUAAAUAACACAAAAGACCAGAUAGAUUUAAUUGAUGUUCAUAGGACAUUCCAUCCAAAAACAGAAGAUUACACUUUCUUCUCAAGUGUGCACGGAACAUUCUCCAGGAUAGAUCACAUCUCGGGUCACAAAUCAAGCCUUAGUAAAUUUAAGAAAAUUGAAAUCAUAUCAAGCAUCUUUUUUGGCCACAACACUAUGAGAUUAGAAAUCAAUUACAGGGAAAAAAACGUAAAAAACACAAACACAUGGAGGCUAAACAAUAUGUUACUAAAUAACCAAGAGAUCACUGAAGAAAUCAAAGAGGAAAUCAAAAAAUACCUAGAGACAAAUUACAACGAAAACAUGAUCCAAAACCUAUGGGAUACAGCAAAAGCAGUUCUAAGAGGGAAGUUUAUAGCAAUACAAGCCUACCUCAAAAAACAAGAAAAAUCUCAAACAAUCUAAAAAAAAAAAAGCCAAAUCUUGAAAAAUUUAAUUCCUUUUUACCCUUGGUGGUUCCAAAAUUGGAAGAUUAUCCUAGGAAGAGGAAGACUUAAAGUAAGCUGGUGAUCCAUCCCAGGAAACAUACCUGGAGAAUCGCCCAGGACAAAGGUAAGAGGAGACCCAGAGUGGCGCUGUGGGACUGGCCUGGAGAACCACCAGUCCAGGCAAGUGCAGGAGUAUGGAGGGCUCUUCCAGGAAGUCGGGUGGGAGCUGUCUCCAGAAAAAGAUGCCAUUGGUACAGGACCAAAUGAAUUUUAUCGUACUGAGAGACUGCUACUUUUGAAGGAAAGUUAGUGAUGAGUUAGUAAUAAGUACGUAAAAAGUUAAAUGAAGAAAAGUGACAAUUGUUAACUCCAGGAAAAACACAAAGUUGUCUAAGAAAGAAGGUAUUACUAUAUAUCGUGCACUUUAUGGUCUAAUAAUCACAUGGCCAUAGGGUAUAAGCACUGAAUAUUGAUUUAACCAAAAUUAUAAUAUGGCUCUAUUUGGAGAAUGGAGGAGGGGAAGUGGGCAGGGAGAUUUAAGAGACCAAAACCUCUUUCCAUUUGGAAAACCAAUAGAUAAGAUCUAAAAUUUAAACAGAAUCUAGAUAUAGCCAUGUAAGUGUCGUGUUUGAAUAUACAGAGAUAAAUAUCAGAGUAAGUAGCUAAAAGCAGCUGUGUCUAGAGAGUGGGAAUCAGGGUGUAGAAGAUGGAGCAGGAGAAUGCUCAUUUUUGUUAAAAAGCUUGUAGAACCACUGGACUUUCAAAACCAUGGAUAUGUAUAACUUUAAAUUCUUUUUAAUGAAGUCAACAGCAAGUAGUUGCAGAAUCACUAUCUGAACCCGAUUCUGUCUGAAGCCAAUCCCAAUUUUUCCUCUCAAGAUAAAUUCUUUGUACUUAUUUGCCUCUGGACUUUGAUUUUCUUUAGAGUUUGUUUGUACAAUUGAUCCAAUAAUCUACAAAAUCCAGGAGCAUAUGGGCUGGGGUAAUCCCACGGGGAUUACCAUAAGUGACAAGGAGAACUUGUUUUGGGGUAGGAGGGAUGUCUCACAGAGCCAGAGGGCAGGGAACUUGAAGCAGGGACUGGGGCACCACAGGGAACCCUGAAAGUUCUUUCUCUCCUUUGCUUCUAUAUGCUCCCCUGCCUGUGUCUGCUUUGUUUAUCUGAUUCCCAGUUCACAGGCGAGGAAAUAGCCCCUCAUAGCCCCUCAGUCUGCACCUGAGGGGAGCGCUUGGUAGGGGAUGAGAUAAACCCAAUUUGAAUGCCAAGUUCUGGAAAGUCAGAAGGGAGGCCCCAGUGGGAAAUACAUGCUCUUUUAGGAGCUUGAAAGGGGUCAUCUAAUGAAUGGCGUUUAGGGCCCUGGACCCUGUUUGCCCCAAGCGGCCUGCUGGUCCUGGGAUGUCCCUGCAGAUCCCAGGCGUCAGCAGGCAGCCAUGCCCUGCAUGGGUGGCUGGACUGGGGGAGCUGUAGGGAUGUCUGCAGAGAAGUCAUUUACUUGUGUUGGAACAAACACAGGGCUUAAGCAGCAGAAAUGGCACUGACUUGGGGUUUGAGGAAGGCAUCCCAAUUCAAGCUCCUUCUUUGAUUAGCUGUAUAGCCACUAGCCCCAAUGGGCUAUUGAGAGCUUGAAGUGUAGCUAGUCUGAGAGCUUGAAAUAUGCUCUGAGUGUAAAAUGCACACUGGAUUUUGAAGACUUAGUAUCCCCAUAAUACAAAAUAUCUCAUUACUAUUUUAUUCUUAUUAAUGGUAAUGUUAAUAUUAAUGGUGAAAUGGAUAAUAUUUGGGGUAUAUUGGCUUCAAUAAAAUAUAUUAUUAAAAUGAAUUUCACCUUCCUUUUACUUUUUAAAAAUGUGACUCUUAGAAAAAUUAAAAAUUACUAAGACGGCUCACGUUAUAUUUCUAUUGGACAUCACCAAUCUAGACUCUAGACGUAACACAUUGCCUUUAUUGAAAAGAACAAAAUCACUCAGGCUUGGCAUCACUCUAGAAAGCUGGGGAGAGGUGUUUGUGCAAUCCUGAUGCCUUAGCUUCCAUUUAGUGUUAAACAGCACCUUGUUUUUCAGGGUCCCAAACCCUGGUAAAAUCCACAGCUGUCCCCUCUCUACUCUGCCUGUGACAAACCAGCCCUAACCACAGGAGACAAGGUGAGGACAGUGUUCCUGACAGAAGACUCAUGUACCCUUAGGGGCCUGCAGAAGUUCUCAGGGGACCUGAAGGCCAUUCCACUACUCUGGAAAGCCUGACGGAAAGAAAUUCUACAGCUUCCCAAGUACUGAUGCCUUGGCCAAUGAGAUCAGUGUUUCUUGGCUCGAGGCUUCUAGCAACCCAGCCAGGCAAGGUUGAUGGUCUCAACUAUCAGAAGCUCCACCUGGCAAUUAAUUGUAAGUCUCUCUGACUUAUGAAAAUGCUGAAAAGUUAAUUAUUCAUUAAGAUGUAAUGGGAUAGACGAAGUUUUUCCAAAUGUGCUAUUGUUAGAGAAUGAUACCCCUGGUGUCCCUGGUGAUGGAAAGUUUAGGAAGCUCUGACAGAAGUCAUUGUGUCCUUCAGGGUCCUGGUUCUUGCAUGUUUUGUUUCCACAUUUGGUUGGUAAGUGAUGGAAUUUCCCUUAACUUUCCUGCAGGGAUAUGUCCUUGGCACGUACAUCCCUCUGAAAUUCAUAGAAUUUUGAGAUUUGGGCGACUUCAGUUAUUUCUCCAUCUGGGAUGAUGAGCAACCUAUCAUCACGGUCAAAGCCCCACGACCAACCCCCAUGAUCAGCCCUCCUUACACCUCACCUUGGAAUGUACCAAGCUUUAAAUUAUCUCAUCACCAAGAACUAAGAGUGGUGACCACAAAUUCCACAAAUUCCUGCAGCUCUGCACACCACUGGCAUACCCACAGAACCAGUUCUCCAUGCUCCUUGGGACCACGGGCACCUGGGCCCUCCCAGUGCGCUACCAUCCCACUCUCCUCGACCUCCACCCUUGGGGAAGGCGGCAUUGAUCAGGAAUUAAGUGCGUGUGCUCAGGGGCAGGCUGCCCGGGCUGUGUCUCCACACCUUCCUUACAGCUUGUGAAACUGGGGCUGCCUGCCAGGCAUCACAGAGGUGCAUAAGGCAGCCCUAGCCUUGAGGAAUAGGGCUGCAAAGAAUGCUGAAUCGCUGGGAGAAGCACUGCAGCAGCAGUGAUGGAGGGGCGAAGCUGGGGAGAUAAGGAAGGGGCGAGAGGAGCAUGAGCAAAGGCACUGUGGUGGAUGCUGCAGGCUGCUGAGCACCGCUCUCUCACUCCCCCAGCGGCCGGGAGCAAUGGAUGCUGAUGGCUCAACGGACUUGCCCUUGGCUGGAGCGAGCUGCCUUGCCCAAUGUUAGGCUCCCUCCCCAGGGGAAGCCUGAAUCCAGGGAUUGGUCAUUAGUGCCAGCUUCCAUGCCGCCUUCCCAGAGGAGCCCUCCGUCUCUCUGCAGCUCAGCGCCUUGGAUUCCCUUGUCCUCUGCCCACUAGAGUGCUUUGGACACACUUCAAGUCUGGCUCCUCUCCCAGUAUAGGAGGCAAAUGUCUGCAGACUACGGCUGACCGUACCUCCUGAGAGUCCAGCGUCUGAGUCAAGUGGAAAGAAGGUUGAAAGAAGAGAGAAGUAUCGUGACCUGAGCAAUGGCGAACCCACCAUGAAACUCCCUCAGGGUGUUGUCUAUGGUGUGGUACGAAGAUCAGAUCAAAACCAGCAGAAAGAAAUGGUGGUGUAUGGGUGGACCACCAAUCAGCUGAAAGAAGAGAUGAACUACAUCAAAGACGUAAGAGCCACUUUGGAAAAUGUAAGGAAGCGAAUGUAUGGAGACUACGAUGAAAUGAGACAGAAGAUUCGACAGCUCACCCAGGAACUGUCAGUUUCACAGGCUCAGCAGGAUUAUCAGCAGAAUUACAUCCAAACCCAGUCGUCAGCCCUGGACAGUUUUAAUACGAUGAACUCGGCUUUGGUGUCGGACUCCAUCGGCCUGCAGAAAACCCUUGUGGAUGUUACCUUGGAGAAUAGCAACAUUAAGGCUCAAAUCAGAAAUCUGCAGCAGACAUAUGAAGCCUCCAUGGACAAGCUGCGGGAAAAGCAGAGGCAGUUAGAGGUAGCACAGGUUGAAAACCAGCUGCUGAAAAUGAAGGUGGAAUCCUCCCAAGAAGCCAACGCAGAGGUGAUGAGAGAGAUGACCAGGAAGCUGUACAGCCAGUACGAAGAAAGGCUGCACGAAGAGCAGCAGAGGCACAGUGCUGAGAGAGAGGCGCUCCUGGAAGAAACCAAUAGUUUUCUGAAAGCCAUUGAAGAAGCCAAUAAAAAGAUGCAAGUGGCAGAGAUCAGCCUAGAGGAGAAGGACCAGAGGAUCGGGGAGCUGGACAGGCUGAUUGAGCGCAUGGAGAAGGAACGCCAUCAACUUCAACUCCAGCUCCUGGAGCAUGAAACAGAAAUGUCAACGGAAAUUACCAAUUCUGACAAAGAAAGGUAUCAGCGGCUGGAGGAGGCAUCGGCCAGCCUCCGGGAGCGGAUCCGACACCUAGAUGACAUGGUGCAUUGCCAGCAGAAGAAAGUCAAGCAGAUGGUUGAGGAGAUUGAAUCACUAAAGAAAAAGGUGCAGCAGAAACAGCUCUUAAUAUUGCAGCUUUUAGAAAAGAUAUCGUUCUUAGAAGGAGAGAAUAAUGAACUACAAAGCAGGUUGGACUAUUUAAUAGAAACCCAGCCCAAGACUGAAGUGGAAACCAGAGAGGUUGGAGUGGGCUGUGAUCUUCUACCCAGCCAAACAGGUAGGACUCGUGAGAUCGCAGUGGCUUCCAGGAAUUAUACCCCAUACACACGAGUCCUGGAGUUAACCAUGAAGAAAACUCUGACUUAAGCACUUGGAGACGUGCACUUUUCACUGAUGGACAAAGGCCCUGGAACCCUGCGGCUUGAAGUCUGGAAAGGGUGACUGUUGCUUCGUCCUAUACACUGUUUAAGCUGCAGUGGAAACUGCUGAGGUUCUGAUCCACUUCUUAAACAUGAAGGAAAGUGGAGGGGGAGGGGGAAGGCAGGAGAGAGAGGUUUCAAGGUCAUAUUUCAAACACCCAACCAGUGUGUGUACCCUGCUGUACUGGGCCGUCAUUAGCUUUCCAUGCGGACACUGAGUCCUAUCAGGAGAAUUUCCUCACUAUUUUCUGUUUUACUAGACUUCGGCUGGGAGGAAAUAAGGCAUUACCUUGAAAUUUCAUGUUACUUAUUGCCAGGAUCAUUUGUUACAGCAUGAAGGUUUUAUUUACCCGUAGAAGUAUUAGAGGCGGUGUUUCUCUGCUACAGGGAAGCCUGUCCGCAGGAGUGCAGGCACAUGGGGAAAUGUGACGCUGGGAAGGAAGGGGCAGGUGCCGAGGACCUGUGCAGGGGUGUGGGAGCCUCGGCUGCAGCCGGUCCUCAUGUGGGCAGACACGCUUCAUUCUGACGUGCUAACCCCUUGGUUUACUUUGUGCCUUAUGCCUUUAAGGGGCCAGCUGAAAUCACUGUAUUUAUUCAACCUGUGAUUUAUUUUUUCUUUCUUUCUCACUUUAACUGAAAGAGAAUUUUAUAUGUUGUGGAAAUUUAAUCACUUAACGUUUUUGAUAUUAAUUGGUGUUUUUGUUAAAGGAAUGAGUGAUUUGUUCAAGCAUGCUCUACUUUGAUAUUAUAACCUAUGUCACAUGUUUAAUAAAUGCCAUAUAUUUUGUUCUA